UCAUGUUUCCAUACAUAUUGGCUCUUUGUCUAAGUCUUUGCAUCUAAUUUGUUCAUGGUGUGUCUGAUAAUAUAGAAGUUAUCACUUCAUGUUGGCUUAUCACAUUAUAAGACAACCAAAAAUUCAAGGUAUAUAAAUUUCAUUAUGCUUUUAAGACUUUUGAUCAUGUAGUUGAUUCCGUGGCUAAACGUUAUUCAUAGAGUGACAAAGAGAAAAUUGUACAUGAUAUAAGAGUUUAUAUGGUUAAAAAGUGUUUUACUGCCCUUCCCCUCGCAGAUAGUAAAUAAGUAAGCAUACAUAUUUAACACGCGUUUUUAGAUAAUCAAAGAUUUUGAGGCUGGACUAUCUUUUCAUUUAACUUAUAGAGAAGUUGUUAAGGGCUUUGAUUACACUCAUUAUAUAAAAGAUUUGAAAAACAAAGACCUCAUUCCAAACCCAUAAUUAGAUGACACCAUUUCAAGUAUUAUCAAAACUCUGGAAACUGAAUUUCUUAAGGAAACCCAAAAUGAAAUGCAAUCUACAGUUCCUCCAAUAGGUGUUUUUGGAAUGAAUUUCAAUUACUUGCUUGUGUUCCCAAUCCUUGGAGGAGUCUUUUUGACCUAUUUUUCGAUUAAUGCAUUCAGAACUUUAAAAACAACCCCGAAAAAAAAGAAGUGAAUUGU